GCCAUCCCCUUCCCCAUUUCCACGAGGCACAAGGCACGCCAUAGCAGCACCCAAAACCCUUCUCUCCGACACUGCGAGACCCGAGCGAGCCCCCUAGCCCACCAUGUUCCGCCGAGCUACCGGCCUCCUGGCCCGACCCCUUCUCUCCUCCGCAAGGGCCAGGGCUCGGCCCUUCUCCACCGAUCUCCCGGUGGCUCCAAACGCGGACGAGUCCUUCGUGGAGGCCUGGAAGAAAGUGGUCCCCAACUUGGACCCCCCCAAGACCCCUCUCUCCUUUAUGAAGCAUCGCCCUCCCACUCCCUCUUCCAUCCCUACCAAGCUCACUGUCAACUUCGUGCUCCCCUAUGCUUCUGAGCUAUCAACCAAGGAGGUCGACAUGGUGAUAAUACCAGCAACAACUGGUCAACUGGGUGUUCUUCCUGGACAUGUAGCAACAAUUGCAGAGUUGAAACCUGGUGUCCUGUCAGUGCAUGAAGGGAAUGACGUGUCAAAGUAUUUCAUCAGCAGUGGUUUUGCUUUCAUCCAUGCAAACUCAUAUGCAGAUAUUAUUGCCAUUGAGGCUGUGCCUAUUGACCGAAUUGACCCAAGCCUUGUCCAGAAGGGGCUUGCAGAGUUCACUCAGAAGCUGAGCUCUGCCUCAACUGACUUGGAGAAAGCUGAAGCUCAAAUUGGAGUUGAACUGCAUAGUGCCCUCAACUUUGCUCUCACAGGCUAGUCUUGUUGAUCUAGCCAUUUUCUCACUUUUUUCUUCUUUAAGGAUGCCCAGUGACACUUUGAUUUGUCUCCUGGAGCCAAUGUUACUCAAAACUUCUUGCAUUUCUGUGUUGGUUGUGAAAUUUGUGGAAAUAAUCUCUGAAAUAUUUUAUUCUGGCAUUCAGAAAGUUGAAGCAGAACUUCCAAGGAACAA